AGGACCCCGCAUGCGCACGGAAGAUAUCACGAAACUGUGUGAAGCCGUUCCUCCGGAUUUAGCAGAGCUCAUUCGAAAAUACCCCGAGAUUUUCCCGGACGACCUACCCGCCGGACUUCCGCCGAGCCGACCCGAAGACCAUCGCAUCGAGCUGGAACCAGGCGCACAACCGACAGUACAGCAACAAUUUCGGCUCAGCCAACCGGAACUCGAAGAAUUGCAGCAGCAAUUAGAUUACCUCCUGUCGAAAGGCUUUAUCCGACCCAGCACGUCCCCAUACGCCGCCCCGAUACUGUUCACACCGAAAAAAGAUGGAGGAUUCCGCAUGUGCAUCGACUACCGCGCGCUCAACCGGAUCACCAUCAAGUCCCGUUACCCGAUCCCGCGAGCCGACGAUCUCCUCGACCAACUUCGCGGAGCCAAGUUCUUCUCGAAAAUCGACCUGCGAGGAGGUUACCAUCAAAUUCGCGUCGCCGCCGACAAUUGUCACAAAACCGCUUUCCGAACCCGCUACGGCAGUUACGAAUACCUGGUGAUGCCCUUUGGCCUCACGAACGCGCCCUCGACUUUUCAGAUGACCAUGAACGGUGUUUUCCGCGAACUCCUGGAUAAAUGCGUAAUUAUCUACCUCGACGACAUCCUAAUCUACAGCCGCAACAGGGAGCAGCACUUAAAGGAUCUUGAUGCAGUCUUCACGCUGCUGCACAAGAAUCGCCUCAUCACGAAAGGAUCUAAGUGCGAUUUUCUUAAGCAAGAGUUGGAGUUUUUGGGCCACGUCGUCUCUACCGAAGGAGUGAAAUCGACCCCAAGAAAAUCAAGACUAUACAGGAAUGGAAGCCGCCGACCAACCUCAAGAACUGCAGAGUUUUCUGGGUUUCGUCAACUACGUCCGCCGCUUCAUCCCCAAUAUGGCUGGAAGCAGCAAAAUGCAUUCGACCAACUCAAAAUCGCCCUCACGUCGCCACCCGUACUUCACAUCUCCGAUCUCGACCGUCCAUACGAAGUCGUCACCGACGCCAGCGACAUCGCCAUCGGUGCAGUUCUCCUCCAGGACUUUGGCGACGGGUUACAACCAGUUGCCUACGAAUCACGGAAGCUGCAUGGCGCAGAAAAGAAUUAUACAGUACACGACAAGGAAAUGUUGGCGAUCGUCCACGCGUUCAAGACCUGGCGGUGCUACCUGACCGGAGCUGAUGUCACGGUGCGGACGGACCACAAAUCCUUACAGUAUCUGCGCGCCCAACCGAACCUCAACCCGCGACAGAUCCGAUCGCUCGAUUUCCUCGAGUCCAACUUCCACUACACCAUCACCUACAAACGGGGUGCCACUAAUAUCGCCGAUGCCUUGACCCGCCUACUAUGGCCGACGACGUGCGCAAGUACGUGUCCUCCUACACUGCCUGCCAUAUUAAAAAUCGUCGCAGCGCGCGCAGCCGGACUACUACAGCCGUUGGAUCCGCCCGAGCGACCCUGGCAACAAGUCACGAUGGACUACGUGACAGGACUACCGGCCGGUCCCAGCGGAAACGAUGCCAUCCUCGUGGUCGUUGACCGACUCACGAAAAUGGCGCACUUCAUCACCUGCCAACAGACAAUCACGCCGAACAAACCGCGCAACUGUUCCUCACGAACGUCAUCCGACUGCACGGACUACCCUCCGCCAUCAUUUCAGAUCGAGACCCGAAAUUCACAUCGAAUUUUUGGCGCCACCUAUGGGACCAAUUCGGCACCAAACUCCAAUUUUCAUCCGCCUACCACCCACAGACGACGGGCAGACCGAACGCGUCAACCAGACCAUGGAGCAACUGAUUCGUACUACCUGUACUGACCCAUCGACAUGGGAGAAAUCCCUUCCG